AAUUCGUGUAUUAUGGAAUGGAAAGUAGUUUGCAGCUGUCGCUCUUCGAGGUGUCUUUUGUAGAGAUUCCUUUUUCCUUUCCCACUUCGCGUCCAAGAUCUGCAACAAAUCUUCAAGGAAAAAUGGGAUCCAAUUUCGUGUCCAAGGAAGACCACCAUCACCAGGCUCCGUCGCGGCGGGGCGUUAGGAGGACCUGGUCCUCCAACUCGUCCACGUGCGGCCAGGGCGUCGCCGCUGUCCCCAAGUGCGUGUGUGCUCCAGCCACUCAUGCGGGCUCCUUUAAGUGCCGCCUCCACCGGGCGAGCUCCCACGGCCACUCGCCCCCCUCCCCCACCUCGAUCCGUCCGCCGCCGCCGUCCGCGAACUCCUCUUGCGCUCCCACCGUGGAAGCCCAGUGACUCGAACGAGGGCCAGAGCGAGGAACAACUGUUAAAGAAGGGAAACAUUUGGUGAUUCCCGAUGGCUAGCGAGAGUUUUCAUCUUGGCAUGGUGUAUUGUGUUUUCCACCCAUACUAUGCUUACUGCAGCUUCCUUAUUUUAUUUUGUAUAGAAGAAACAGCACCGAGUCUGAUUAGUGUUGUAAUUAGUUCUAUCUCCCAAUCGCCAGCUGUGAGAGAUGUUGCCUACUCCAGUAAUUUCUUUCUAUCUUCUUGUUGUUGAAGCUGUUCUUGUAAAUAUGAUCUGUUUCUACUUUCUAAAGCCCAAAAAACACAAAAGGCAUCGGUGUUCUAAUC